UCACCCCAAUCAACCAUACCCCACACUGAUAGGUAAUAUACAGACAUAUGUCAUAAAAUUCCUUAGUGCAGCAGGUAAUUAGCUGUUAAUUUGUCUUCAGGGUAAAUCAGACCAAUAUGUAUUUGCAACAGUUACUUUUUUAAUCCAUCAUAAAGUGUAUAUUUUUUAUAUAAAUCCAUUGAAAAAAAAAAGUUCCGCUUUCUAAAUCACCUGGGAAAUGCAGAAACCUAAAAAAAUUUACAGUACUAUUUUUAGCUUGCGCAAAUUCACAAUUUGUACAAAUAAGUACUACACAAAUUCAUAAUUUGUAAAGAUAAACUUGGGGGUAUAAUUAGCCUUGAUCAGGCUAAUUUUAGCUCAAGAUGAAACUUUCCUCACAAUAAUUUUCCAUAAAUACACUACCUCAUUUCAGGUUUAAAUUACCAUUAAAAAUCAAAUAUAAACCAUAUAUUUUUUUGACAGAUAUCAUUUGUACAUGGUUUAAACUUUACAAAAAUGCUUUUGUGGGAUUCCUUGAUGUUGUACUUUAUUCAUAAUUUGCUUUUAAACUUGAAGGCGUCAAAUAGAGUAUCUAUCAGGGAAUGGAUAGAGGUGGUAAAAAGGGUAUCUAUCAGGGAAUGGAUAGAGGUGGUAAAAAGCGUAUCUAUGGAGUAAAGGGUUAAGGGAAACAUAGCGGAUGGCAAGAAUAGAUAACAUUUCACAAUGAAAUCUGUGACGUCAGAGUACAGACCAUGAAGUUCAGAAAUGGAGAGAUACAGGACUAAAUUGUUCAACAAGGUGUAUGAGUGAAACCUAGUGGAUGGAAAGCAUAGAAAACAUUUUACAAGAUGUAACGUGUUGAAGAAGGAGUCUGUUACUAAACAUGUGAAAAUUAAAGAACAUGACGAUGCUGCCAGAGCGGGCAAACUGAGAUCUAACAUGCAAGUGUGCCAAGAAAACUCACUGGCGAAGAGUGAAUUGGCUAUAACAACAGCAACGAAAAAUGUAUACUUCGCUGCAGAAGAAAACCUUCCAAACUGUAUGGUUCCAAAGCUGAACAAGUUCUUGUUGUAUCAAGGUGUGUCACAGUUGGCAGAUUUGAAAUGUGGUGGUCACACCAAUUACGAACAUUCAACUUCAAUUGAAGAAUUCCAGAGUUGUAUAGCCGGGGUACUUGAAGACCAGUUAAUCGACAAGAUCAAUUCCAGUGUGAAGUUCAGCCUGAUGUUUGACGAGAGCACCGAUGUGUCUGUCCACCAGAACAUGGUAAUGUACAUUAGGGUUCUUGAGUCUGAUGAGUUUGGUUACACUUCCCCAGGUGCUUACUUCUUUGGGAUAGAUAGCUUGUCUAGGGCAAACUCUGAAUCAAUAUAUACUAAGGUCAUGGAGAUGUUGAAGGUCAAAGGUAUAAGUUUGUCUAAUCUCUGUGGUGUGAGCACAGAUGGUGCAGCAGUUAUGAUUGGUCACAAGUCUGGUGUAGUUACAAGGUUAAAGAGAGAGGUACCGGUGUUUUGGCCACACAUUGCAUUGCCCACAGGUUAGCGUUAAGUUGUUAUACUGGUGCUGAUGCUAUCCCUUACAUGGUCAAAGUGCAAGAGGUCAUCAACAGUGUUUACAAGUAUUUUCACUAUUCCCCUAAGAAUAUGGCCAUGCUUGAAGCUGUUCAGUCUCUAACUCCAGGUCAAAGUAAGAGAUUUAAGGAGGUAUUUCAUACCCGUUGGCUCAGUUUUGAAGGAUCAGUGUCUGCCAUGGUCACCAACUUCUCUAAUUUGAUUUCUGUCUUUCUUGAGGAGAAUUCAGGAAAGUCACUGAGCCUACACAAGUCACUGACCUGCUUCAAGUUUUUGUAUGUCGUGCACUUUCUUUUUGAUGUGUUGAAACCCUUGGCAAUCCUGUCAAAGAUGUAUCAGAAGCAGGACCUUGAUUUCACAGAGGUUACUCUUUUGC